GCUCGAGAGAGGGCGCUCCUACAAGCCCGGUGCCACCCCCCUCCCCCGCGGAUUCGCGGAGGGGCGGGCCCGUGGCCACUUACAGCCGAUGUGGUACGCUGGACAGUCGGGCGCCGGGGCGCCCCAGCGCGCUCCCCCGAGGAGCAGCUCCACGGGAGCCCUGCGGCCCUCCUCCGCGUCUCGGCGGCGCGCCGCCGGCCUCGGCCAGGCGGCGCAGCCGGCGCCGCCCCAGGGCCGGCACCGCGACCCGCAGCUCGCCGAGCUGCUCCCUCGCGCCGCACGCCAGCCCCGCGACAGCGGGGCCCAGCCGCCCUGGCAGCUGCCGCGCGCCGCGAGGGGCGCCGGCCUGAAGCCCCUGGAGGCCGCGGGGCUGCGGGCGCUGGGCCAGGAGCUCGGCUCCGCGAUGGCGCUUGACACGGCCGACCGUGCCGAGGAGCUCCUGCGCGUAGGCGUCUGGUCCGUGCGGCGGC